AUGAUGCACGACACCGGCACCAUACUGUCCGGUUCCGCUGCUGCCAGACUGUUACUCGUCGACGCUUUGUGGCAGCCUAAUGACUACGAUCUAUACACACCACAUAGUCAGUGGGAUGUGGUACUCGACUACAUCAGCAACUUACCGGGUUUCGUGAUUGAAUAUGUCAUAGAUGCAUCGGACGAGGAGAAUCAGGAGCAACCGUACCCCUGGUUGAAACAGGGAAUGGACCGUAUGGCUCGAAUCACCGGACCAAACAUCCGCGUCGAUCUUAUGCGUAGCCACAACGAAUCGGUCUUCUACCCACUAUGCUUCUUCUGGUCGACCAUCAUCAUGAACGCGAUCUCCGCUGAUGCGAUCGUGUCGGCAUACCCCACACAUCUUCUCAGCCGUCGCGGUAUUUGCUCAUACACCAUCAGUGAUUAUCGGUAAGGCACUCACCGCAAGGAGAAAGUACGAAGACCGAGGUUUCUCGUUCGACGACAUCCGCACCAUGUCCUGCACUCACUGGAGCUGCCCUCACCGACGACGGUUCUUCGCUGACGAUGGAUGCCUCAACCUCAUUUUCGACAACGCACGCACCCACACAGUCCACGAUGUUUUCGUCUCCUGGCGGAUCAGGGACUUGCCCUGCGGUAGGCCGUGUUCGGUGACGGAACGGGGGCCCGACGUCUGGGCGGGGUCUCGAGAUGACAUGGAAGAAGUUUGGGACAGCUUACCGUAGCUGUAACGUGUAUUCAUCGUUGUACGACAA